AUGAAUGCAUCACUUCUCUCCUUCACAGGAAAUAAUUCUAUUCAGAAUGUCUCCAAUGAGACUUCUGGACUCUUACAUUUCCAGGACAUUGACUGUCAUGUGCCUUUGGCAAUGGUAUUCACCUUGGCCUUGGCUUAUGGAAUUGUUAUCCUUCUUGGUAUUUCUGGAAAUCUGGCCUUAAUGAUUAUAAUCUUGAAGCAAAAGGAAAUGCACAAUGUGACCAACAUUUUCAUUGUCAAUCUGUCCUUUUCAGACCUCCUAAUAACUAUCAUGUGUCUUCCUUUCACAUUUGUAUAUACUCUAAUGGACCACUGGGUUUUUGGGGAAACCAUGUGCAAACUUAAUCCUUUUGUGCAGUGUGUCUCUGUCACAGUCUCUGUUUUUUCCUUGGUCCUCAUAGCUAUUGAACGCCAUCAGUUGAUUAUCAACCCUCGGGGCUGGAGGCCUAAUAACAGACAUGCCUAUAUUGGAAUUGCCACCAUAUGGAUCCUAGCAAUAGCCUCAUCUUUGCCUUUCCUAGUAUACCAUGUUUUAACUGAUGACCCUUUCACUAAUAUAACCAUAGAGGACUACAAGGGAAAAUAUGUAUGCUUGGAUUCAUUUCCAUGGGAGUCAGCCAGACUGUCAUACACUACUAUUCUCUUGGUGAUACAAUAUUUCGGGCCUCUUUGUUUUAUAUUCAUUUGCUACUUAAAGAUCUAUAUUCGCUUAAAAAGAAGAUGCAACAUGGUGGACAAGAUGAGGGAUAAUAAAUACCGAUCCACUGAAACAAAAAGGAUCAAUAUUAUGCUGAUCUCAAUUGUGGUGGCAUUUGCCCUGUGCUGGCUGCCACUCACCAUCUUCAAUACAGUCUUUGACUGGAAUCAUGAAAUUCUCCCUGCAGCCUGCAGCCAUAAUUUGCUGUUUUUAAUCUGUCACCUUACAGCUAUGAUCUCAACCUGUGUGAAUCCCAUCUUCUAUGGAUUCCUCAACAAGAACUUUCAACGGGAUCUACAGAUUUUCUUUCGUUUCUGCGAUUUCCACACCAGAGUCGAUGACUAUGAAACAAUAGCUAUGUCUACAAUGCAUACAGAUAUCUCAAAGACUUCUUUGAAGCAAGCCAGUCCUAUCACUUUUAAAAAAUUUAAUGACCAUGCUAAUGAAAAAAUAUAG